AGAGCAGGAACAACAGCAUGUGCCCUGAGUAGCAUAGAAACACAAGUCAGAGGGACUGGCACUAGGGCACAGGCAGGCGAAAACACAAGCUGGGGGCACAUUUUGUGGCACUGGAGCUGAUCGUUGGAUGCCUGGAUCAACGUGCAGCAUGUAACAGAGGGUUGGAUAACAAAGAUCUUUCAGAGCUCUGCGUGUGUGGUGAGGUGUAUAUGGUUGCUGCUGGGAUAUGGAUGGGUCACCGGACAGGGACAGUCGUGGCGUCCCACUGACCUGCUGGAGGAUUUCUGGGAGAUAGACUCAAGACGCAGUGGGAGCACCUCCUGGUUGCUCCUGCUCUUCCAGCUCCAGACAUGAACCUGGUGCUCCUGGCCUUCAGGCUGAUGUGCCUGGCCUGGCUGUGGCCUGUCACGCUGCUCAACGGCAGCCACCAACCCAACAAGAGGAGGCACAAGGACGUGUACCUUGGGGAGAACAGCAAGAACCAACAUGGAGGACGAAUAGACUUUAAGAUGAAAAAGUCUGACAGCACCAAGUCCCUGCUAAUUAAAUCUGAACAGCUGCUCCGUAUCGAGGACCAUGACUUUGCAAUGCGGCCUGGCUUUGGAGGGGCAGCUAUUCCUGUGGGCAUAGACGUGCAGGUGGAGAGCAUUGACAGUAUAUCUGAAGUCAACAUGGACUUCACCAUGACUCUGUACCUGAGACACUAUUGGCAGGACGACCGGCUGGCCUUCCCUUCCAGCAGCAACAGGAGCCGGACAUUUGACGCUCGGCUGGUAAAGAAGAUCUGGGUGCCGGAUGUGUUCUUUGUCCACUCCAAGCGUUCCUUCAUCCAUGACACGACCAUGGAAAACAUCAUGUUGAGGGUGUACCCUGAUGGCAACAUUCUCUACAGUGUCAGGAUCACUGUGACUGCUCUUUGCGCCAUGGACUUCAGUAGUUUUCCUUUGGACACACAGAAAUGCUCUCUGGAACUGGAGAGCUACGCGUACAAUGAGAAUGACCUCAUGCUCUACUGGAAGAACGGGAACGAUUCAUUAAGGACUGACGAGAUCGUUCUCUCACAGUUUUUUAUUGAAGAAUUCCACCCUUCCUACGGGCUUGCCUUCUACAGCAGCACGGGUUGGUAUAACAGGCUCUACAUAAACUUCAUCCUCAGGAGGCACAUCUUCUUCUUCAUGCUGCAGACCUAUUUCCCCACCAUGCUGAUGGUGAUGCUCUCCUGGGUGUCCUUCUGGAUUGACAGGAGGGCUGUGCCAGCCCGAGUCUCACUGGGCAUCACCACAGUUCUGACCAUGUCCACCAUCAUCACAGGCGUGUCAGCCUCCAUGCCUCAGGUGUCUUAUGUAAAAGCUGUGGACAUCUACCUGUGGGCCAGCUUUCUGUUCGUCUUCCUGUCCGUCAUUGAGUAUGCCGCUGUCAACUACUUCACCACUGUGGAGGAGAUGAAGAAGCUCAAGGGGGGAAAGAUCCCUGCCGAUUUCAAUGCCACUCAAACUAUGGCCUUUGACGGAUGUUACCAUGACAAUGACAUUGCCCUGACGCCCUUCCCAGAGCUGCCCAAUACCCCCAACACAGAGCGGCGUAGGACGGCCACGUCAAGGAACUCUGCUGCAGAGCCCCCACCCACAGAGGGCACAAGGCUACGACGCAAAAAAUCCAUCAAACACAACCUCAGCUUCAUCAUGAGCAACAGCUACAUGAUCGACUCCUACUCCAGAGUCAUCUUCCCCAUGACCUACCUGCUGUUCAACAUCAUCUACUGGAGUUUAUACUCAUGAGCUAUAGAUGCACACUGUCAGCCUACCUGCAGUUCUCAUACAGAUCUGCAUCCAGUUGAGUGUGUACUCUACUAAUAAAGAUCGACAGAGCUAUACUACAGAACUAUAGUGCAGAACUACACUGCAUAACUACACUACAUAACUAUACUGCAGAACUAUACUGCAUAACUAUAUUGCAUAACUGUACUAGAUAACUAUACCACAGAACUACACUACAGAACUACACUGCAUAACUAUAAUAGAAAAACUAAACUACAGAACUAUACUACAGAACUACACUUCAGAACUACACUGCAUAACUAUACUACAUAACUAUAUUGCAGAAUUAUACUGCAGAACUAUACUACAGAACUAUACUACCAUACAUUAUCUAGUAGGUUAUUCACAUUGACAACAGCAUCAUCAUCAAGCCAUUGUAUUCUGCCACCCACUGGAUUAUGACCUUAACCACUGGUGUCUACCAGAGUGCAUUGUGGGAGUUUUGGACAGUCAAGCCCUACUGAAGAAGAGAGACUAUUGAGUAAACCUGCUUUUCAUUAGAAAUCUGGGUUCAGGUGGGAAGUUGGUGGUGCUGUUCAUGGGAGUAUUUCUAUUGUAAUUAGGGUUGCAUACUGGUAAUUUACCAAAAGUACUAGAUUAAUUAAUUGGUAAUCUAUGGCAAUGGUAACUUUGAUAAUUUAUACUUGAAUAACUUUAAAAAUAUAUAUUAUUAUAUAGUAAUCACUUUUUAUAUGUGACCAUAUUGUCUAGUGGAUAGACUAUGGUUCAAGAGAAAAUUGCCUAAUUUAAUUUAAAACGCAUCUAAUCAACAAUGAAAUUACUUUCAAUUAACUCUGAAACUCUGCAACUCUUCCAACUAUUUACUUUUUUCACAACUGCCACCAGUUUGGCGCCAAAACAUUUACAAAGACAUAUUGAAAUAGUUAAAUAAAUAAGUGUGUAAAGAAAACAUAAAGGAUAUUUCAUGCUGAAACCCUCAUAUUAAACUCCAAUGGUAUUAAUUAAAUUGAUGGUUUAUAUUUAGGAUAAUGUUUUACAGAUUCGUCAUUCUAUUUUUAAAAUGUUAGAAUAAUAAUAAUUAUAUAAAAAUAUAAUUAACAUAUAUCUUAUGAAAAUAUCUUGAUUCUGAGUAGAGUGUAAAAGAGGUUUAUCUUAAAUUAAAUUAAAUCAGAUAGUGACACAGUGUUGGUAUUAGCUUAUUUUCAUUAUAUUUUUUAUUUAACCUUUAUUUAACUUAUGCCUCUGAAGAAUGUGAAGAAAAACAAUAAAGUAUGUAGAAUGCUGUCAAAAGAUGCAGCUCAUGAGGAUCUGUGAAUGGGGGUUUUCUCUGUGCUAGAUACCCUUUCAGUACAUGUAUUUAUAUUCACAAUCAUAGGUGCUAGCCCAGACGAGUUCAUGAUAGUAUUGCUAGAUCAACCGGAUGGAAUCCAUGAGCAUGCUGGCUCUUUGGUGAUGUCCCAUCUCUUCAGUGUGAUCUGUCACACACUUCAGUUAAACUACAAAAUAUAAUAAUAUAUUAUUAAAAAGUAAAAUAAUAUGAAACACACUGUGUCACGUAAGUCCA